UGAACGUAGCUGAGCUCAACCCCGGAUGUUUUGCUCCCCCUGUGGAUAGUUCAUAGGCGUUAAGUCAUUUAGAAUUAAGCAGAAGCAUACCGAAGAUAAAACAUUUUGUUUUCAAAAUAUAGCAAUCAUUAUUGUCGAGUCAGCCGUCACAGUAAACCUGGUGUUUGUUAUUAGCUGUAGUUUAAACCGGACCAAAAGUUCCUUUUCUCUGUUGUGCUAGCUUGACGCUAUCUUGAAGUCAGGGAGCAGAGCAGCCAAGAAACGACCAUGACCGUUUUAAUUUCCCGACAUUUCUGAUCACUGAGUUCAGUUUCACUCUGCAGGAUGCUCCGUGAGUUGUAUCCCUUCGUGGAGGACAGUUUCAGUCGCUUCCCGUCGCAGAGCAACAUUUACGGGCUGUGUCAGGCCGGGGAGCAGGAGCUGUUAGCGGCCACUCUCAAAGGGAAGGUGGUGUGUUUCAGAUACCAGGAGCUGCAGCAGAAAAUCAGACCUGUGGCCAGAGAGGUUCAGUUCACCUACAUACCAGUUGAUGCAGAAAUUGUAUCAAUUGAUGCCUUCAACAAGUCUCCACCCAACAGAGGCCUGGUGGUGGGCAUCACAUUCAUAAAGGACUCUGGUGACAAAGCCACUCCAUUCCUGAAUAUCUACUGUGACUAUGAACCUGGUUCAGAGUUCAACCUGGAGUCUAUUGCACAAAGUUGUUUGAAUCUGGAGCUGCAGUUCACGCCCUUCCAGCUGUACCACACAGAGGUGCAGUGUGAUGAUGGAGGCAGUGAGACGGUGUUUCUGCUCAGUGGCCAUGACCAGAGGAUCCAUCCUCUACAAGGAGGUCAGCUCUGGAUGAGUGUGUGGAAUGCCUCCCUCCACCAGUUUGAAGAGCAGCCAGUGGAAAGACUCUUUCCUGAACUACAGCAGCUACCCAGCAAUGUGCUGUGGUUGGAUAUGCUUAGUUUAGCUGGCAGCCGGCGACUCUCUGCAUUCGGCUGUCAGAACGGCUGUGUUGGACUGGCUCUGGUAAACCAGACUGGACCAGAGGUUUUGCAGAGCUGGCGGGUCCAGUUUGACAGUCCAAUCUCUACAGUGCUGCUGUUCCCUCUGAGCUGCCAAACUGAGCCUCAUCAGCCCAGUGGAGAGACAAGUGUGGAAAUGAAAGGCUACAACCUUCUGGUAACCAGCACCAUUGAGAUGGCAGUUGUCUACAGGGAUGUGCAGGAGUGUGGUUUGUCUCGCUCCAUGUACCUCUCAGAAAGUGACCAGUGGGAUGCAGUGCUUUGUGCUCUUGUUAUUGACCUGGAUUUUGAUGGGCAGAAGGAGGUGCUGUUGGGAACAUAUGGACAGGAACUUCUGUGUUACAAAUUCCAUCCGGCAGGGAGCGGACAGUUUCAGCUGCAGUGGAGGCGGAGCUUCAAGAGUCCUCUGCUGUCUAUCAUCUACUUAGACUUGACGGGGGAUGGUUUGAAAGAGCUGGCUGUUCUCACAUUAAAGGGACUGCACAUCUUACAGCAUAGCCUUACCUCCACUGCUGAUUUGGUCCUGGAGCGGCUCACCCAGAGGGUGUCAGCACUGACAGCUGGCUCUGAGCUGGAGCCAGCCAAAGAUCAAGACACUGAGGAGAAGGAUGCUCCAUCUAAGAAAGAGGAGUGUGCAGCUCACACGCCAUCAAAUUAACCAAGACAGUGCAUUUUGUUUCCAUGUGGAAGACUCAAUGGAUCAGACUGAAGUACUCGCCUUAUUUAAAGGUGCAGUGUUCUCUCAGAGGUGUGUAUUCCUGAGGAAUGAAAUUUAGUUGUGAUGACAGACACACAGUAGAAAUCACAUUUGCCAUUUACAGCAGAAAGACUGUGCUUUGUGCUUUCACACUGAAUGUUGAUGAUGGGGAAAAAGAUUUCAAAUCAAACCUGAUUAAUGCAGUUUACUGGAAUUAUGUAAUGAUAUUCUAGGCUAUGAGAUGAUGUGCUGUAGAUAGUGUACAGUAAUAUGCAGAUAAUAAAUGUCCAUAACUGUU